CUUCAACAAUUUCCGAGGAAACUCAGAACGGUCUGAAGUGGCUGUGUAUGAAGGAUUAAAAGAUUACGUAACAUAUCCGCACGGUGUGCUGGGGGCAGAACUAUUUGUGGGCGGCAGAAGUUCAGAACCGGUACUAGUACUUCUGCCACUUGGCAAACUGUGCGUACGACAAUAUAUCACUAGGAAACACCAUUGGGAGAGCAUCAGCAUGUCCACACAUCCCACUGUGCCAUAUAAGCACAGUUCUACCAUGCUCAGCUGUUCAUCUUUGCCAACCUCCCUCGAGGGAGGCCCGGGCCGUCAUUUCCGCCAAAACGCAUGUGCGCAGGAUAAGAAGUCGCAUAUGAUGUAACGCUGUUUUUCGCUCUCACCUCACAGUAUCUCCUGCGGACAAUGUCUUUCGGAAAGGUUAUUCAGCUGAAUACGGGUGCAACUGCAACCAUCCCCCAGAUCGGUCUCGGCACCUACACAGAUCAAAAUAAAGUCGAAAGUGCUGUCGAGAUCGCUGUCCGCAAUGGUUACCGUCACCUUGAUCUUGCUAUGGUCUACCAGAAUCAGCACGAGGUCGGACGUGCGCUGAAGAAAGUUAUACCAUCCGUCGUUACUCGCGAACAGCUUUUUGUUACUUCGAAACUCUGGAACUGCUCGCACCAGCAAGGACCAGCCGAGGCAGAGCUUGACGAGACGCUGAAGCAGCUUGGACUCACCUACCUCGAUCUCUAUCUUGUACACUGGCCUGUUGCAUUCGAGCCUGGAAACGGUCUUAAGCCUGUACAUCCGACUAAGGAAGGAGAGGCACACUUGGACCUUAAGACUUCCAUAGUCGACACCUGGAAAACGAUGAUCAAGCUGAAGGAAUCUGGCAAGGUCAAAUCUAUUGGCGUUUCCAAUUUCACGAUCGAGCACAUCCAAGGCUUGAUUGACGCUACUGGCGUCGCCCCUGCUGUUAACCAGAUCGAGGCUCACCCUCUGCUUCCUCAAGAUGACCUCGUUGCGUACUGCAAGCAGGUAGGCGUCCAUAUCACCGCUUACAGUCCGCUAGGCAACAACCGCGUAGGCAAGCCGAUGCUUACCGAACACGUUGUAGUGAAAGAAGUGGCUGAGAAACUCGGUGCAACCCCUGCCCAGGUUCUCGUUGCUUGGGGAGUUUACCGGGGCUACUCUGUUAUCCCAAAGUCUGUGCAAGAGGGCCGAAUUAUCUCAAACUUCAAGCAAGUUGCACUCAGCGAGGGAGACUACAACAAGGUUACAGAAAUUAAAGUGGGCGGGCCCGAGCGUUUCAAUAUUCCUUUUCGUUAUAUACCCAAGUGGGACAUCAAUCUCUUUGAUGAGGAACUUGAAAAGACUGCUACCUACCGGGUCAAUAUUGUAUAGGCAUUCAACGAGUGUUGGAGAAGGGGUAGGAAAGAGGCCAGUAUAUUUGUUGCCGAGCGUGCUCACCCAACCAAUUUCAUGAUAAUGCAUGCGAGGACAGUGAGUCAUGAUCCACGGGGUCAAUAUACUCAAAGGAAUCCUGAGCAUGAUAUGGUAUCAAAGCCGCAGUGUGGACUGCUGAGGAUGAAGGCCUCGCGAUGGAAACGCGAUCAUUACUGGCCAGCGGAUAUGAAUGCACAGCAGCAAAGAGUGAAAUUACAAAACACUGGAGCACAUCCAGAAGCGGC